AACAUGGAUGUCGAAACCAAACGAGGAAACUGCCGUCCGUCCGCCCCCCUCCAGCGCGCGGGCCCUUAAGCAUGUCCACAGAUGACAGCGUCUCUGAGGACGUGUCCAGCUCGGGCCCCCUGAGCCACUGCCGGGCCAGCGCUGACGGGGAUGGGGGCAAGGAGAGCGAGGUGUCCCCGCUGUCCUCUGAGGCCACCACCGCCUCCGGGCUGGCUGUCUCCGAGGACAGACUCUCGGCUUCCCAGACCACAGGGGGCACUGUGGCCAGCCGGCCCGUGAAGAUCACACCAGCAUGCGACAAGAUCAGGGGUCUAUGCCUGGGCACGGAUGGAACCUUCCCGCCAGGGAGAAACCUGCCGUUCAUCAACCCGAGCUCCCUGGAGACCCUGAGAGCCCUGGUGGAGGAGAUACGCAGCAGCGGCGAGAUGGACCCCAAGAUCUGGAAAGACUGCGAGGGCAGGUGGCUGCACCUGUUUCAGCUGGUGGAGAAGCAGUACCAGGAGCAAAUCCUGGCCCAGCAAGACCAGUACCAGUGCCAAAUACAGUUGAUUCAGGAUGAAAUUAAAGCUCUCGUGCAGCUCCAGAACCGCCAGGCCAGCCUCCAGCAGCACGCGGACUUCCCACAAACCCCGACCGUCAAAACCGGCGACGGCACCAAGGACUUCAUCCUGCCCUUCAUCCCCGCCGACUGCGCCUUCCCCCGACGCCUGGCCAGCGACAGCGACAGCCCGGCCGCCCCGGCUCUCUCCCCGUUCAGCUCCCCGUCGCCGCCGCUACAAAGGUCGGAGACGGCCAACCCCGGCGAGGAGCGCACGGCCACGGUGCUCAGCAGCGGCUACGGGACUCUUUCCACCUGGGAAACGGGGCCGGAAGCUGAGCCCAGGUGUACCGCCGGCGUCCAGGAAGACGGCGAGGAGAGUCAUGAGCCCUCAGUCCACCAGCAGAGAACCUGUGGCCAGGUGUUGACCUCCUGGGCAAUGAGGCAGAAAGUCCGUUCCAAGAAGAACAAGGCAGGUCCCUCCCAAAUUCCCGAGUACGAGGAGUUGCCGCGCAGCAACGCUGAGUCAGCACGACCCCCGCCAGAGAGCACAGACUCCCAGGAACAGGAACAGCUCCAGCAUCCUGCUGCCUCGUCCUCUGGGUUUUUCCCACUGAGGAGAAGCGACAGCUUCUUGUCCGAGACCUCAGGCCUGACUUACUGGCGCCUGAACGAGUGUGAUCUGUAUCACCCGCUGCCCGACGGCUUUGAGAGCGGCGCUUACUUCCUGCAAGAAGUUUCCACGGCUCAGGCCGUGGAGCCUCGCAUUUCUCUGCGAGAGCUCUACCAGCACAAGCAAAGAACGGACGUGAAGCGUUCCGACUGGGAGCGCUCGGAGACCGCCAGUCCUUUGCAGGCGGAGGCGGCGACCGCGCGGCAGUCGGAUCGUUCGUCAGCUUUCACGUCACCCUCCCGCUUCGCCUCGCUCCGACCCGGACCACCUAUGACUCCUGACAGCAUGGCGGAGUGCAGCCUGGGUACAGAUAACAACGUCUCUGAGGUAUCCCAGGAAGUCCCGCCCACCUCCCAGGUUAAGACCUGCCCUUACGCCGCCAGAGAAGAGAAGUCCGGCCACACCCGGAGCAGCACUCUGAAGCCCGGAUCGCCUUCUGGUACCAGUCUGGAUCCUCCGCGGAGUCCAAGAACGUCCUCGCUGGGAGAUCCUGUCGUCCUUUCCUUACUGAGACAGAACCUGAGAGAGAAGCACUCCCGGCAUGUGGCCGACUUAAAGGCGUAUUACGAGUCGGAAAUACAAGUCCUGCGAGACAAGCUGGACCCGCGACAUCUGCCCGGAGAUUUGGAGCGGGGAAACCGGGUCCUGGCAGAGCAGUGCGAACAUCUGGAGAAAGCCCUCGCUGAAGCUACCAGACGUAUCCAGCAGCUGGAGGCAACCAACGCCUCACUGGAGAAAAAGCUGGCCGAGUGGCCCGACCGCUACGCCGUGGCGGGCGCCGCCGUGAAGUCGCUGCGUCAGCGGCUAGAAGACGGCAAGCGCUCGGCUCGAGAGAAGGACGCCACGGCGGCCCGCUCGAGGGCGCGCGCCAAGCAGCAGGAGGCGGCGGCGCUGAAGGCCCGGCAGGAGGCCGACGAGAGCGAGGCCAAGCGGGAGCGGGAGGGCAAGAUGAUGAAGGAGCUACUGGCUCAGUACGAGCGUGUGGAGAAGGACAAGGAGGGCCUGAAGAACAACUUGCUGGCAAAAGAGAACAAACUUGCCCGAGCCAACGACGAGAUCUUGGAGCUGAAGAGGAACGUCUCCAAACUGGAGGGUCAGGUGAGGCAGCUGGAGCAUGAGAACCAGGCCAGGGUCUGCCACGCCCUCCACGGUGUCCCCCAGUCGUCCGGAGCCGGUCUCUACCACCAUCCUGACCUGCUGCGCUCGCCCAGCAGAGGCAACACCCAGCCGGACAUCACCCGCAAGAGGUCCCCUUGCCCGGAACCUGACCCUCCAUUCCGAAUCAGCCCGCCUGCAAGCGUGGAGACCCCCUCAACCGGUCGCCACUUAAGGUGUGCAUCACCGCAAGGUGUUGAGGCGGUCUCGCCGCAGUCCGCCAGACGCCAGGAGGAGAGCUCCGGCCAGCGGGAGACCACGCCCAGCCUUCUGACGCCCAUCAUGAGAGCCAUCAUGGAGAUGGAGGAGACCAGGGCCACGGAGAGCAGAGCUCCUUGGCUGGCCAGUCCCAGACCCACGCUGGGCGUCGUGGAGCUGAGGCACAAAUCGCCGCUGCAGGAGCGUCAGACCGCAGGAAGAGAGGCGCUCGGAGGAGGAAGCCCGUGUGGAGCCCAGCGAAGCCCGCUCGGACCUCAGAGGAGUUUGUCUCCGGACGGCCUCAGGUCGUCCUCGCUGCCUCCUCCGGGCCUACGGAGCAUCGGCCCCACCACGCCCACAAAGAGAGAGACGUUAUUGGCGCCAUUGUCUGCCAAAUCCAGCCCCAAGCGCUGUCCCACAGAGAACUACUCCACAGCUUUUGCCCACAUGAUGCCCAGGGAGGAACACCUGCACCAAAGCUCGGACGCGGACCAGAGGCGACACUCGCUCCACGGCGGCAGCACUCCCCGGAAGAGGCUCCACUUUUCGUCCGGAGACGCACACCUGGGGUGCGAGGAGGACACGCCCCCGCCCCGUGUGGGCCAGGUGCAGUCCCUCGCUGAAGCGGAGAGACUUUUUGAUGAGCUGACGCAGGAGAAACUGCAGAUUGAGGCAGCUUUGAGUCGCAUGCCGGCGUCAGGCGCUCGGGUGAGCAUGCAGACCAGGUUGGACCAGGUGGCCUUAGAGGAGCGCCUGGAGAGGCUGAACGGGGACCUGGGCUCCAUCCGCAUGACCCUGAAAAGAUUCCACGUCUUGCGCUCCUCCGCCAACACAUAGCAAUGUCUGUCUUUGCCACUAGGAGGCUUGGAUCAUCAGCCUACUUUUAGAUACACACAUUUGACUCGGGGAAACUUUUUGAUACAUCUUUUGGAGUAUAUAUUUUUGACUACGACACAAAUUUGUAGAUCCAUUGCCUUUUUAUCAAGAAAAAAAAAAAAGUUUUCAGCCAGCAGGGUAACUUUACACCGCCUUUUUUUUUUUUUUUUUUUUUUUUUACUUUUCAUCCUUUUCUUCUUAUUUAUGUUCAUUUUAAGGCCAAAUGACUGAUUUUGACAUGUUUAUUUGUUCACUUGACAUUCCAUCUUUCUUUUUUGCAAUAGGAAAUGUUUAUAUAUUUUUUUGGCGGAAGGACUGGAGCCUCCCUGAAGAAGAAGAAGAAGAAGAAGCCAGCACACACAUUUUGUCGAUUGGACCUAUAAAUAUUAUAUUAUGACUUGCACAAUAAA